AAAUCAGUUCGGAUGUAUUGCAUCACGAUGUUUCUCACUUGCUUUGUCCACUUGGAUGUUCGGUGCUCAGUUUCAGUUAUUCCAUAUACAGGUGGCAAUUUUGUUUUAGUUCGUGGUUUUCCGACAGAGUUCAACCUGUUAAAAGCACUUCCCAUUCUGGUGGCACGGCUGAGUGUUACAAGGGUCACAGCCCUACAAAACAGUUACCUUGUUCUAGUCAUUAGGGUUCCAGCCUCCGAACCUAUCAGUUCGUAGAAAGAUUGCGGCGUUUUGUUUUUCAAAUCGACUCUAUUAAUUUUGUAAAAUUUUAUAUUGAAGUACCGAGGCUCACUAAACCCGUCAUGUUGUUUUUAUUAUGGAGCUUCUUUAUUACUUAUUGGGUUUCAACCUCAGCAGAUUUAGUCCGAAGAAAGGUUGCUCCUCGGCCUCUGCUUGGGAAAAGAGACUCCAGAACCCAGACUAUCAGUACGGCUCCGAUUACCAUCCAUGUCCCUACUCUUCUAAAAGGUCAGGACGGUCAAGAAACUGCUCCAGCCGCCAUAGCUUCAGAGGCACCUGAGGGCGCAUAUUUGCUUCCUGUAACUGAACAGAAUAAAGACCAACGCCCAGCGAUAAAUCUACUGCUCAACCUUAAGCUUGUCAUGGAUGGAGAGAAAAAGCCUGAUCAAUCAGAAGCCGUAACUCUAGUGACCGAACAAACGGCAGCACAAUCACCAGCCAUCAAAGCGAAUUCUGGUGAGUACGUGGCUCAUGAAGUCAAACUCGUGAGCCCAAAUGUGAAUCUUGAUCCAGGUACUACUCCAGCUUCAUCCACCGGAAUUCAGGAAGGAAUAGUACAAGGGGAUAGUCCUCCUGUAGCGAGUUCACAACGGACCGGUCCUAACGGGAUCCAACAAUCUACUAGGAACUAUGGCGUCGUCCCUUCCUUUCUCAUCGUCCCUAAAAGGCGCGUGUUACACAACGUACGAUCUAAUCUGAAGACUAAUGUACCAGGGAUACCUAUGGCCAGGUUCAGACAACAAUUCCUCUUCGAACACAAUAAAAAGCGCCUGCUCCAUGGAGUGCCACCACUGACUGAAGACGGGCGGCUUGACACGGAAGCUCAGAAUUUUGCAUUGGAACUGGCGAAGCAGAGAAAUACAACGCAUUCUCUGUUGAAAAACAGGGUAGGACAAGGAGAGAACAUUGCUCUUCGUUGCUCAUUUAAAGGCUCACCUUUGACAGGAGCGCGAGCGACUAAUCUUUGGUAUGAUGAGAGUAAAACUUUUGAGAGGAAAAAGAAACCAAAUACUUCUGCGAUAGAACGGUUUACUCAAAUGGUUUGGAAGAAUACCAAUAAAGUUGGUUUUGGUAGAGCACAGUUCAUCGACAAUAGAGGGAGGAUAUGCUUCGUAGUUGUCGCUCGCUAUGAGCCUUCAGUGAACGUUGGCGAAACGUUGUUGGAUAACAAGCUGGAGCCCAUUAAAGUGAAACCAAACCACCACACUGGUAUUUAACAAUCAACACUGCUACUAACUCAGAGAAGAAUUCAUUAUAUUACCAAAAUAAAACCAAUCUCCGACCAUAAGUCAGAAGACUUUAUCGUUGGCAAACUUUUAUUUGGAGUUAAUUCCUGGGUGCUUUUUACACAUAAAUCCAAAUAUAUGACUUAUACUUGUGAUCUAUAUUAAUUUGGGUUAAGAAAUAUCAGAAAUAUUGUUUAAACUGUUCGGGUGCUCGCGUCACUCCAUUUUAAUUAAUGAAAGCUCCAUACGGAUAUAUUUUUUCGUUUGAAUAUAAAGACUGCUGAUAUUUCAUUGUAAAGAAAAAUAGAGAAAAUAUAAAAAAAGAAUGAAAAAAAGAAUAAAAACAGAAAUGGAAUAAAAACGAAAUUAAACGCUUUUCCGAGACAGUCAUCAUCUUACGAGACUUUCAAAAAAUGGGCCCUUUGUGAUAUUCUUGUGAGACGCUCGAUCGUUGUUACCAUGACAACUGAAUCGAACAUUUUUAAAUGAACUGCUUAAACGAAUUGCAGGUUAUCUUUGCCGCUUAUGAUAAGCGCUAACAAAUUUUCAGUGAUCAUAAUCUCUUCCGCCUGAGUUAUUGUCAAAAAAAACCCUGGGUUUGUCGCUGUCAUAACUUUUUCUUAUCAAAAUUGACCAUAGUUGUAAUUUUACAUUAGGGAUUACAAAUCUAAUCAGAAUCGCUUCAGUAAGAUGCAUCAGCAAAAACCAUGGAUAAAAUAAAUCUUGAAUUUCCGUACAAAGCUUGCUAACACAUUGAAUAAUAAAUUUCUAUCCUUAGUAAUCAAAUCACUUAGAUCAGAAUGCGUUUUUGACAAACAAUUUUUUUCUUGUAAUUAUCUCAAGGCUUAGUGUCAUGUGAAUUCAUUAAGCCUAUGGCCUCGUAAUAACUAAAUAUACAUUUUUGUUUUUCGUCUUCCUUAAUGUCGUUUUGAGGUUUAUUUUACCUGAGUAUUGUUAUAUACAUUUUUUUGACGAUCAGAAGUAUUUGCGAUA